ACGGCCGUAACCACGCACGUCAUCGCGCAGUCGGUCAUUUGCAAACAGCGCGGGAAGCGGCAGCAGGAAGACGCGGAUCGAACCGUUCGAACCGGACGUGGGGACGAUGAAGGUUUAUUUCUGCGGGAGUAUCCGCGGCGGCAGAGACGACGUUCAGCUGUACCGGAAGAUCGUGGAGAAGCUGCAGAGCUACGGGACCGUGCUGACCGAGCACGUGAGCAGCACCGAGCUCACCGACAGAGGUGAGGACGCCUCCGCAGCAGGAGACAGGUUCAUUCACGACCGAGACGUGGACUGGCUCCGACAGUCUGACGUAGUGGUAGCGGAGGUCACGCAGCCGUCUCUGGGCGUUGGUUAUGAACUCGGCCGAGUCGUCGACAUGAAGAAAAAAACCUUGUGUUUGUUCAGGCCGUCGUCAGGACGUGCUUUGUCGGCCAUGAUUCGAGGAGCUGAUGACGGCGACCGGUUUUUGGUGAGGGAUUACAGCGAGGACGAGGUGGAGAACGUUCUGGAAGGGUUCUUCAACACGCUGAAGAGAACCUGAAGAACCUGGAGAACAUCACAACGCUUUUUAAAGUCAGGCUGUUCACUUUGUUUACGACAAAACGACUUAAUAAAGUCAACUGAAACAAA